CCCCUGUGGCGGAUCAUGGCCCCGUUCGGUUCCUCCGCCCGCCCCGCCGCUGGGUGGCUCUGUGUCCGGGAGCCGCGAGGCGGCCCGUGCUGUGUUGGGGCGGCGUGGAGCCGCGAUUGGCGCUGCGGGAGGGGCGGGGCGGGUGUCCGCUGUUUGGAUUUAAACGUUGCAGCGGGAGGGGCGGGCUCGGCCGGCGGCGCAGCGUUACGAGGCGAUCCGCUCUCGGCUGUCGCCAUGGUGGUGCCGGCGCGGCGCGUGAAGACGGAGUACAUGAAGCGCUUCAAGGAGCCCAAGUGGGAGUCGUGCGGCGCCUGCUACCUGGAGCUGCUGCGAUACCGCCUCAGCCGCCGCCUCCUGGAGCAGGCGCACCGGCCGUGGCUGUGGGACGGCUGGGAGCAGGACAGCGCCGGAGGCAGCGGCGGCAGCAGCACCGCCGGGUCCCCAUCGCCGCCGGCAGCGGGCAGCCCUCCGCCCGCAAACGAGGAGGAAGCGGCGGAGGCGGGACGGGCCGGCCCCGGUAGGAGCGAGGGGGAUGGAGAAAAAGAAAGACAAGAUCAGGAAAAGCACCAGAAAGAAGAGCAAGAAAAAACUGAAGAACGUGCUUCCACGAAGGAAGCAGAUAAAGCUUCCACGAAGGAAGCAGAUAAAACCAGCCGUACAGGACGACGUCCGAGCCAAAGUGCCUUGUCCAGUCGUAAUGAUCGAAGAUCAGCCAAAAGCCCUCAAAAAGCAGAUGCACCAAAGGAGAAUAAACACCCGUUUGCUCUGUAUGGGUCAGGAGAAAGACAGACAGAUACUGGAAGCCAGAAAACUCACAAUGUCUGUGCUUCUGCUUCGGUGAAUGAAAUUCAUGAAUCUGCUCUACGAGCAAAGAACAGGAGACAAGUGGAGAAAAGGAAGCUUUCUCAGAGGCGAGUACGAUCAGCAGAAGCAGAGAAAGCCUGGCGGAUAAAGCCUUCCCCACCAGAUAACCCCUGGAUGACAGAGUACAUGAGAUGCUACUCGGCAAGAGCUCGCUGAAUUUGGAUUCAACUUAGGCACCUUUAUAAAGAAGUUAUGCAUAUCAGGACACUGGUGCAAGGAACCAAACUACUUAUGCAAGGUUUUUAUAGGGAGUUUCCAGCUGUUAAAAUAUUUGUUAAAGUAUUUUUAUCUCGGCUACCUACCUCACAGUGGGGUGUCUAGUUGGAGCCAUAACGUUUAAAGAGGCUUUUAAAUAUAGCUACCCAAAUUUUUAAUCAAUUCCCCUUUUGGGAAUCUUUCUAAUGAGUUUCAAUUGACUUGUUUUGAGGGGGGGAGGGAGGCUUUGCAUACUGGCAAUCAAGACAAACUCUUAUUGAUCUUGGUUAUGAAUAAUCUGUUGCCCCUUACUUUAAAAGAUCAAGUCCUCCAAAUCACAGGAAGGUGGUGCUGAGGGGGACUUGGAAGGUGUGACGGAGGUGCCUUUGCAUUUAUGUUACUAUUAAGUCCAUACUACUACCAGAAUAAAUAUAUUAAAACAGACAACAGGAAAGUGAUUGGGUUUGGUAAGCAGCACUAUUGGGAGUGGAUGCUUCAGACAGACAAAUGCCAAGUGUUGUCUGCAUACAGAAGUUUAAAAGGGGAAAAAAAGCAAUUAGUAAAUCUGCUGAUCCUUAAUUUUCAUUGCUUCUUCCAAGGUUAUUUGUAAUGAAGUACUAACUUUCAGAGCAAGAAACAGCUGCAGAAUUAUUUUGCUGCUGCUGUGCCCGUUGCACUGAAUAACUGGAAGACAAUCAUUACCUGAUAGCUGCUGCUCAAAAAGCAGCUGCUUGUUCUACAAGUAUCAACUUGGCACCACUGUACUGAGCUUGCAGUCACACUUAUUCUGUGCUGUACGAUGUAAAUGCUGGUUUAUCAGAGCAGGCUGCCUUCUGUUCAGUGAAGUCUAUUUUUAUUACUUAUGAAUAUCUAUCUAUGCUCGGUGGGGCUAGACUGCAACCUGUAUUCCGUUUGGUGGUAUUGUAUGAGUGUACUAUUAGUGGUCUCUAACUUAAACCAUUUUUGAUUAAAAUUUAGAUGAAGUAGAGGAGCCUUUGCCUUCUGCCUCAGGGUUGGUGCAUAACUCCUCAUUGAGGGGGGUGAGAGUUAGGGGAGGAAGGAAAGGGUACCCUGCAGUAGAGUACAUAAUGGAGUUUGAAUGCUUUCACUUUGUAGGUUUUUCUUUUACAUACAUAAUCUGUCAAACCCACGGUGUUUUUUAAACUCAAGCUGCUGUGAAUGAUUUGUUUGAAGAUUAAGCUUUAGGCAGACAACUAUGGUUGUGAGCUUCAAAGUUUUGUUCAGAUGUGCUGUGUUAGUUAUAUACGUCGUUUACCUUACUUUAACAGUUCUGAAGCUUGCUUCUUACAGACUAGACUAUUUCUCACAGGAAGCGCACUUACACUGCUGCAGCCUGUGCUGGUCUGUGCUUCACUACACAAUCUUGGUGAGUAAGCAGGACUAGAACUGCUGCUGCAACAGGGACAGCUAAAUGCUGAGUGAAGUCAUUGCAGAUCUUCAAGUAAUCGUGGGAAGACCAAGUAUUGUUGCCUUCUGAUCUUAUUACAUCAUUAUGAUUAAUGAAACCUUCACUAGGAAUUUUUAGAGUCUGUGAAGUUAUAACCUGAUUUUCAAGCAUAAAACUUCAAAAAUCCAAACAGCCCACGUUCAGGACUACCUAUGAGAGAUUUUGAGCUUUUAAACUUUUUUAAAGUACAGUUGUCUUAUCCAUAAAGAAUGACUAUUCCAACUUCUCAGCAAACAACAGUUUAGAACUACUUAAACUGAUGCAAAACUAUCCAAUAGGAUGUUUUUAUUCUAUACGAGUUUAUUUCCUUGUGUACCAUUUUCCUAUUUAAACACAUUUACAGCAGCUAUUUAAGCUGCUUUGACACAUUUUUCAGUUCAGAAAUCCACCCUAGCUUUGAACAACAGUAUCAAAGCACUCAGUGGUACCUAAAAGCCUUGUUGUUGUCCAGAACACCACAUACACACACCUCUUGUCUUUGCGGACUUCAUGAACUGGCAGAUGAACUAUGUGCCCUCAGCACAUUUUGUUGCAUUAAGCAGGUUCCUUGGUGGAACUUGUCUUGCCAUGCAUUCCACGCCAGUUUCUAGAGUUCCCGCUGAGAAUGGGGGAAGCCAAGAUGUCUGCCUUAAGUACUCAUUCUUGGAUAAGCUGCAUUUCCUAUUGGAUUUUAGUCUUGUGGUUGUAACUGUUUUCUGCCUUGGAUACUGGGUACCCAACCUGAAAAGGCUCCAACAAGCUUGUUUUCAUGGUCUGCAGAACAUGAUAAAUAUUCAACAGCGUCUGAACAGCUCUGUACUGAGGAAAUACUCCUGUUUUUAUCCUUGUCCAGACAAGAGCUGUUCCCCAGCAAAAAAAAAAAAAAAGAGAAAUUGUUAGACAGCAGUGGCACUAACUGGUUAUUAUGUGAAUCACUUGUGCUUUUUCAAAUGGUCUGUAGCUACAAAUAAUCUGGAGUGCUCUGUUGGUACUAUCUUAAUUGAGAAACACAAUGCCUGAAGUGAGGGGCAAAUUAUUCUGCUGAUUAUGUAGCUUUCUUAUAUUUGGGUAUUUGACUUUUUAAAGGCAAAAAGCUAGGAGGCUUGUUUAGACUGUGUGAAAUAGUAUAGUCCUGAUCACCCCAAGCUGUAUAUGCACAGUAUUUGAUGUGUCAGGCCAAAGUCUGGAAAACCAUUUUUGUGUUAUGACAUGAAAUUUGAUGGAAAGUCUUUUUUUAAAUCACAAAAGCUUUAGUUGUAUUAAUGGAUUGAUAGAAUAGGAUGUUCUGCAUUAAAUUUAACUUGCUUAAAAGUGGGGGACUUAAUGAAUGUUUACACUAUCAAUUAAGAAAGUAAGUUCUGACUUGUCUUGCAAUUGACUGUUGAGUUCAGUCAAGUGAUGAAAACUUCUCACACCUGUUUUACAAGUAAAACUUUGUAAGAACACAGUUAAUACUCAAGUUGUCCAGUCUUCACGAAUGUUUACUCCUUUCAGUUUCUCAAAGCACUUUUAGCUAAGUGAUAUUAGACCCGCACAACGCAUAAUGCUGCAACUUAACUGUAGUGUUGUACAGGCUAGUGUUUACGGUGUGAGCUGUUGCAAUGAAAACUGCAUUUGAGUGUCCCUGUGAAGUAUAGUAGCAUGCCUGUUCAGUCACUGCUGUCACAUCUUCGCAGCUAUCAACUCCAGAUUUCUUUACUGGAAGUCUGAAAUAGUCAGGGUGAUACUUAAUUGAGAGCCAAACUUAUUUGUUAGGAACAGACCUGAAUUUCUGAUAAAUAAUUCUAUUGAGGUAGCCAAUGCAUAUUCAAGUUCUAUCAUGUAAGGAAAUGCAUCUGCCCUUCUAACUUUUUAACAUUAUAAAGGCCUCUGACCUUUUUGUAACCAUGAGGACCAAAAGCUAGCAAGCUGAGGAGCUGUCCAGUAAACCUGCAUGUGCCAACUUACUUUCGAGCUCUGUUUCUGCACUAAGCAGCAAAGCCAUAUGUAGAGCCUGACUUAACACCUUGACAAUAGCACCUAUACAAUUAGGCGUAGAAGAGAAAGGGAAGCUGCCUCAGCUCCUGUUAGCACUGGAUUCACUUUAAAAAUUAUAUAGGGGGAAAUAAAUAGCAUCUAAGCUUGAAGCAAUAUGUGUUUUUUAAGGUUUUUAAUAGUACUUGUUUUUAAUGCUUCUGUAUUGUCUAUAUUUAAUAGUGUGGUGUCAAUUUGUAUAUGUGAAUAAAAUGAGUGACAGUGUCUUGGCUGAUUAUACUGCUGCUUUUUGGCUCUCAGCUUUUCUGGUACAGGGUUCUCACAGACUGUGUGCAAACUAUAGCUUCUAUAUCCCCUGUGUCUUCUCCCCUUACAAAGAGUAAAUGAGAAAAGUAAUUACCCAACCCCAUUCUUUACCAGUAAGUCAAGUCAAUCUGAGAGCUGAAUUUGUGUUCUUCCUGUAGUGCGCUCUGAAUUCUUAAUACCCUUUCCUUACUGAGAGGUCAACUGUGUUCUCAACCUGAGUUGCCUGUUGUUCUGGAAAAGUUCUAAGAGCAAAUAUGGGAUUCAGUUUUACAAACAGCUUCUAUCUUUCAAAAAGCAUCUCUCACUUCUGAAAUAAUGUAUUCCAGGAGCUCUAGACACAGCACUGCUGAAGUCAUUAGAGCAGGAAGACAGACAAGGAAGCAAGUUCCAGGUAAUUGCAUGUAGCUUACAGCCCUGACCUCCUUUAGGAUGUGCUAUAUUGAAGGAGAUUCCCUACUGAAACACACCUUCCUCUCUAACAUGGGGUAGAAACAGCAGGGUACCAGGGUGUGGGGCCUUCCUGCCCAGUGAGAAGUCUGGGGGGAAGCUGCUGCCAGAGGGGACAGUGACUUCUUUGCUCUCUGCUGCUAUGAAACACACUGCAGCAGUGCUCCAGUUUCCUACCUGCUGGUACUUUCCCAGCCAAAUAGCAACUCCACUAUAAAUUCAGCUGAAAUAUUCUUUUUCCAGACUAACAGUUUGUCUUGGGGGCUUGACUUGGCACGCAAGUGUAGUACGAACAAAUAGAAUAUGCUGUACCACCCCUAGAAAAAUCCAGAAAGAUUCUUUAUUUCUCAUUAGAUACAAGCAUGAAAUGUAAUAGGAUAGGCCAGUAGCUUCACUGAAAGGCAGAACAGAUUUUAAUAAGACUUUUAGAUCUUCUGAAGGACUCCAAGAGUUGAAGCUCUACAUUCAGUAAAUCCUAAGAUGUGGCUGCCUGGGAUUAGUUCACAUAAAAUUAAGCCCAUUUUGCUUUGGUAAAUUAAUUUUACACUGAAAAUCAUAUGUAGUCUACCAUAUUUAUCACUAAAUAUUUUCAUGAGCUAGGUUUGUUAAGCUUGAAAUUGGUUCCACAGCAGCUAUGGGCACAAUGCUUGUUUUCAGAAAUAAAUACUCAGAGGAAAACUAGCAAACACGGCCAACAUAAUAAGUUUCAAUCAAGUGCCAACCCCACUUCCACCAUUUUAACAGUGACAGAAGGGGAGCCUUUUAGCUAUGUCACAACUGGUAAGUGCUCAGCUUUCCCUUCAUCAUUGUACCAAGAAAACUGAUUAGAUGAAUGGGAAAUGGAUUCCUCUACUAUUUUUUCCAGCAUUUCAGUAACAGUUUGGUGUUUCAGAACGUUCCCCUUCACUUCACCGUCCUCCACAACUCUGGCUAAAAUGCAAAACAUCAGAGCUGAACAGCAGGCCAUUGGGACCGGCAGAGGAACUAACUGCAUCCAGCCUCUACUACAGGGGACUGCUUUUGGUAACUCCACCUGAUUUUGGAGUAGUGUAAGGCAAAUGAAGUUGUUAUGACUGACAGGUAAGGUUUAUUUGGAGUUCUUCCUUUUACAGUCUUGUAAAUACUGAAUUAAGAUGCCUCAAAAAAAAA